AUGAAAAAAUAUUUCUUUGCUGUAUUAGCGUCCAACAAUCUCGCUACUCUCCGACCUAUUCAAUCAUCAUUGCAAGCCCUUCAUACUAAUAUUAGCAUCAAAAAGAGGCUCAACACUGUUCUGAAAAAUCAACAUUUGUAUCUGUACGCAGAAAUAUUUUCAUUAUCACACCAUUCCGAAUAUUGGUAUCAUUAUAAUUUCUCUCAGAAACAACACUCGGAUAAUAUGAUAAACAACGAAAAUAAUUCAAGCACAUCGAAAGAAAAAGUAGAACAUCCAUUCGAUUCCAUUGGAUGGAAUGAGACUAAAAUUACUAGGCCAUCAACUAAAGAUAUUGAAAUAGUGGAAAAACAACUUAACAAGAAAUCUAAAGUUGUUCCACCAAGCGCCAUUGUCAAAAGAUGUAAAUGGGGAUAUCCCCAAGUUACGUUUGCUUUCACUAGCAAAAAUACAGAAAAGAAUGUAGAUAAUAAUCAUUUCGUUCCUGGAACAUUUUUGUGGUUGACUUGCCCACGAAUCAAUCAUAUAGUGGACAAGAUGGAAACUAGUGACGAAUUCAACAUAAUUAGACAAGAAUUUGGAGCAGAUCUUAAUUUUCCUAAAAGUAAAAAGGAGAAACGAAAACCUCAAACCCUUCAAAUUAGUGAGAAAAAGACCAAGCAAGAAGAUUCUGUUACCGCCGUUGAACAAAAGGAAACAACUACUGAUUUACUCAUGGAAAGCUUUAAAAAUUAUGAUGAAUGGCUUUCCAACAAAGCAAAAAUAACGGAAGGGCAGGACAAGGGUACGGCUCUCUUGACACCUGAAGAAUUUAUCAUGUGGCAAUAUUCAGUAUAUGCAAAAGAUUUGACCAACUUACCACCUCACAGAAAACGAUAUGGUAAUGCUGGUGUUUCAGUACCAACAUCUAUCAAAUGUCUUCAUUCACACGUUGCCUCCUACAUGGCAGGUGCCAAAGAUCAUGUUGGUAAGCGUACAUUUGAAGAAGGAAAAAACGUUAUUGUGGACGUCUUGCAUGAAGCAGAUAUUGAGGACUUGAAUUUUCCUUUAGAUUGUAGGUCUGACUGUGUUCGAUGCAGAGCUUUUGAUACCGACUUCAAAACAGAGGAUACACAAUAA